CAAUUUUAACGCCGGGUUCACUGCCAGGGCGGUGUGGAGGGCGGGCUCACCGGGACAGGAGCGGGACUCAGUCGCCGCUCCCGGCACAGACUACAGCCCCCAGCGUGCACCGCGCCCCGCCGCCAGCACCGCGCUCUGCUAUUGGCCGCUCCGCGGCCGCCGCCAAUGGGGAGCGGGUACGUUGGCAGGCGCUGCGAGGGUACCGGCGCUGCUGGCAGCCGGUGCAGGAGAGGGGCGCGGCGAGGACAGGAGACCCCGGACAGCAUGGGCGGCUGCGAGAGCAGCCACGGCGGCAGGAGGGUGUCCUUCGGGGUGGAUGAGCGGGAGCAAGUCCGGGUGCUGCAGGGCAUCAGGCUCACUGAAGAUGUAGUGAACCGGAUGAAAGGGUCCCCUCAAAGUAAAAGAUGUUUCCAGAAGUCUCCCCGUGCAUCCAAUGGCACAGCUCCAUCUUCACUGGCUGCAGGAGUGAGACCCAGAUCUCCAGGAAUUCAGCCACCAAAGGCAAGUGACUCUGCUGCAGAGCAUGAACUCUACAGGAGGUAUGAGCAAGAACAGGCACUGGUCCAAGAGGAGUUGCUCCAUCUGGCCAGAAGAGAAAGGGAAGCAGCCAGUGAGGCCAAGGAAAGGAACAGCAUUAAUGAGGAGAGGCAGAGAACAGCCCAGAUGCCUGUGGAUUUGGACGCCUGGGCUAUGGAGCUGCAAGAUAGGGAGGCAGAGUUGAAGUUACAAGAGGCCUUCUAUAAAGAUCAGUUGGCUCGCAUUGAGAAGAAGCUCUGCACAAGUGGUCAAGUGUUCUACGGACUGUUUCAACUCCUUAGUGGUUGUCAAGCAUUGCAGGAGUUAGGAAUAUUGUACACCUUUCCACCAGUGAUCCUUCACAGCAUGCCUGCGAGGAGGAGGAACGCUGAUCCUGUCUGUUCAAACUUGCAGUCUGAAAUUCUGAAGUGCUACCGAGAAAACAAACAUGAAGUGCUCAAAUGCUCGGAGCUGGCGAAGGAAUAUCAGCGCUGUGUUAGUGCAGCUCAGAAGACCUGCAGCAGAGACCAGCUAAUGCCAACUGUGGGACAGUCAUUUUAUGAGGAGGCACCAAAACUUCUCAGUCUGAGCCUCAACUCCAUUAAUUGGGAGUAUCCUGUCAUGUGAGAACAGCAAUUCCAAACUGCCUGGACUUGUUGCAUAUUCACCUUGUCUGGUGCAUAUGCAAUGAUAAGGGCAUGGAGAAGAGGUAAAGCUUCUCCUUCCCUUUACUGGCUCCUUCUGCUCAAGGUAAGUGCUGUAGCAACCUGGUAGCAUCUUUCAGAGAGGAUUCCAGGUUGGAACAAAAUGAAAGGGUGCCAAGUCUGCACUGGCAUGGUUGCAAUGCUAGGGGGGUUCAAACGUGGACAAAGAGAGGGUUUAGUCUUAGAGAUAUGGUGUCUCUCAGCUCAUCAGUUCUGGGAGGCUGGACCCAUAGGCAUACCUGGUAUGUGGGUAGGUUAGGCUGGAAAGAAUUCAUUGAGGUUAUGAACUGGCUGUCUUCAUUUUCUCCUGAAAUAAGUAAAAAUAUAAUAGAAUCAAUCAUAUAAUGGUUUCAUCUGGAAUGGACCUUAAAGAUCAUCUAGUUCCACCCCCCUGCCAUGGAUAGAGACACCUGCAACUAGAUGAGGUUGAAAUAUGUAGUUAUGAUUUUAAACAUGAAAUUGUCCAACUGUGAUAUUCUUUAAAAGUGUUUUAAAAAAGGUUUAACCAGAACACAGAAGGGUUAACCACCGAGUAGCCACAGAAGUGAUGUUGGUUUUUUGGUUUUUUUUUCACAAAAUGUAGCAUUCCUGGACACUUUACUGAAGUGUUACAAUGUGAAUACAGCAAAUUACUUCAUUGCAAAAUUGAUCGUGAGUUGUUACUGCUUCAUUCAUUGCAAUUUCAGUGAGUGCUAUUGGAGUUUUUAAAAUAUAUUGCUCUGUGCAUAACUUUUAAGUCACUAAUGAUGAGAAAAAUUACCUGGAAAAUUAGAGUCAGUGGAGUAUUAUUGAUGGUUCAUUUGUCAGAUUUCUGCAUAACCUUUGUCUUAAUAAUUCGGUGAACAAUUUUCUCUUUAUUCUUGAGUCCUUUGAAGCUUUUCCGGUUCAUUGUUGUCAGAGAUGGGGCUGUCCUUGGAGAUUCAAGGCCAGCAUAUUCAGUCUACAUGGACCAUGUAUCAGCCAAUAUCAGCCUGCUGUGCAGAAGCAGCCCGA